AUGGCGAGGUCUUGUAAAGGUGAAUGGCCACCCGCUAAAGCAUCUGACUCUCGAAUACCCUGCAUGACGCUCCAGGUUGCACAUUAUCCCAACAAUGUUGACCAGCAGAGUGAUCAGCACUUGAAGAAUCAAUUUUUUGCAUACGUUAAAUGGUUUGUUGUUGCUGAUCCUCGUCGCACUGAACCGAAGAAGUUAGGAGGACCGGGAGCUCGCGCACGUUAUCAGCAGUCUUACAGUUGA